AUGUUCCGCCAGGAGCGUAAUCACGUCGUGUCUAACGUGCCGCCGUCGCAAGUUCCGACCACCAUAUCCGGCGGUAUGGUUGCGUGGGGCCAAGAGAAUGCCUCGAUUCUGCAUCGUGGACCGUCCGAGACGAAGCAUGGCUCGUCUGGCUCUGUUACCUCCACACCGGCGAGCUGCACCAGCCCUGCAGCCGGCAUGAACACCUUGCCCGACAAGGCCAAGACUACCCAGCACAGGGGUACGCUCAUCAUGGAAAACGAGUGCUCCCGCUUCGUGCCGCCUUCGCAUUGGGUAUCCGCUGUGGAGCCGACCAGAGCGAAUGAUGUUGCGACCGUACGAGCCCAGUCCCUCUCGACAAACAUGGACGAGGCCACGCGCGACGUUCUGAUGAACCCCGAGCGUGUUGCGCAAUGGCCAAAAAAUGUCCGGCGAUGUUGUGCCAUUCCUGACCGGCCGCUGCCAUACAAUACACAGUCAUCACGCCCAUCACUAAUUUACGCCUUGAUGGGUUCCCGCCUCGACGAGGAGGACAAAGACAUCACCACACAAUACUACCCGCAGAGCGCGACUGAAUGCCGCUUUCUUCUUGACGUCUUCACUUCCAACGUGGAGGCAGUCAUUUCUCUUUUUCACAAGCCCACAUUACGACGAGCAUUCGACGCUCACUUGGCACAGCAGCAGCUAUAUGAACCAGCUACAGUAGCGCUUGGUCCAGAUUCCGACAGAGAAAGCCACUUUGAGCCACUGCUGUUUAGCAUUUUCUUUUCUGCUAUAUACAGCAUGGAGGCCACACAAGUAGACGCCAUGUUCGGUGCAAGCAAGACAGACAUGCUGAAACGAUUCGAAAGUGCUUUAGUGUUAGCCCUCGAUAAGGAGUCUUUCAUGUCUAGCCCAGCGAUUGCCGUUCUUCAAGCCUUUGUGCUUUUCUUGACAUGCCGCUGUCGCGAUGACGAGAUGCAGCAAAUAUGGGCCCCCGUCGGAUUGGCAGUACGCAUGGCGCAGUCAUUGGGUCUACACAAAGAACCAACGGAGUUCUCUCCUGGCACCAUGGAUGCGGUACAGGUCGAGAUUCGCCGAAGACUGUGGUAUCAAAUCUUCUACCUCGAUGUUCGGACGGCAGUCUCACAAGGUCUGCCGCCCAUCAUUACCACAGCGUCCUUUACCACGCGGCUACCAUCCAAUGCCGACGACAAUGACAUUAUGCCGGGGCAACCUCCAUUACCGAACCACUAUGACCCGCGCAAGUUUACCGCCAUGACAAUUCAGCUCGUUAGGCUCCAUGGAGUUACAAGCAUGCAGAAGCUGCUGCACGAGCUACCCCGCGACACCCUUACGUCAGAGCCUGAACGAGGCCCCUCUCGAGCGACAAAUGGCUUACUAGCGGCUGCAGAAGAACAGGACAUGCGUCUGCUCAUCGAGACAACGCUCGAGAAGAACCAUAUGCUCUACCUGCGCCACUGCGACUCGCGCUUCCCUCUGCAUAGACUCAUCUUGGAUCUCUCCAACCACAUCAAGUGGAAGUUUUGGAUCUAUUACUACUACAAGUUCCCCAAAGGCCAGCGCCACUCCCUGGCACCAGCCCAGAAAUCAUUGAUCUUUUCGCAGUCGCUCAACUUGCUAGAAUCUUAUAUUCACAUGAAAAACGACCCGGGGCUAAACCCUUAUCGCUGGAUGAUUGAUGGCCAUUCUGGCUUCCAUGCGGCGUCGUAUGUUAUUUCCGUGCUCGAGGACACGCAAAGCAUUGCAGAUCUCGACCUGGAGCUUCUUGAGCGAGGCAAGCAGAUGCUCCAGGGCAUUUGCGAUUUUAACGCGAACACGGAAAGCAAGGCUGGCUCUUUGCUCCAUCACAAGGUCAAGAAUCUUAUGGCACGCACUCCCGCCGAAGUCGAAGCUGCGGGCGAGUCCGAGAUGAACGCCGCAUUCUUCAACGACAUGAACAUUUCCAACAUUGACGACUGGGUGAAUUAUCUGAAUGACACUAUGUGA